AUGUCCCAGUCACUGAUUAGCCAGUCGACCUGCCAAUUAGACGCAAUUUUCCCAGCUUUGGCAGUCCAAAUGUGGAGCGAAAUGGGCGAAGUUGUGUGCAAGUCUGCAAUGUCCUUCGAAAGUAAUGAUGAUGACCAGAAAAAGAAGAAAAAAGAAGAAAGCUGUUGGGCCACAGCCAGGAGGUACUCCCGCCUUCCCCUUAUAAUGAUGUUGACCUUGGGCACCGCCUAUGUGUGUAUCCUGUCGUCGGAGCGUUAUUUCUACUUUUGGGUGCAGACAUCUAUAGAAAGAACCGAUAUGCAUGUUUCCGAGAUCAAUUUUCCGGCCGUAACCAUUAUGCCAAUCAAGUUAUCUACAAUAGAAGUAUCAACAAAUGAAAGUACUAAAAAAUUCCAACGCAUCACCAAGGCCUACAACUAUUUACAAUCAGUCCUUUGGAAUACUGAUGAUUCCUAUAAACUCACUGAAAAUAACUUCACAGAGUUCUCGGAAUUCCAGGGUUUGGAUCCGUAUGGUUGGGGAUUUUCAAAUUCUUGGCAGCUCAAUUGUGCUAUGUUUUUUACCGAAUGCAGUUGGAGGCGAAAGCCAAUGAAUUGCUGCGAUCUGUUUCGAACCACCAAAACCUUUCAAGGAUAUGCCUAUGUCUUUAACUCUGAAUUGGCCAUAAAUGCCGAUAAAACGUGGCCCUGGUCGGUGGCCUUCUCUGGAUCUUUGAGUGGCUUGAACGUGAAAAUAAAUCGGAAACAAAGUUUAUUUGAUUUAAAGUCGGUGGGGGUGAUUGUACACGAGCCCUCCCAAUAUCUGGGCAUGAAAGUAGACUAUUCUUCAGAGGAUCGUAUUGUAGUUCCUGUAGAACCUCUCCGUUUUACGGCCGAAUUAGAUGUUAAAGCUCGACCGCUGGCUAUGCGUCGUUGUUAUUUCCCAGGCGAAGAAUUAGUUUCACGUUCGUAUUGUAUCUACUUGUGUCACAUGAGGUAUCUUUUGAAGAAGUGUCGCUGCGUUCUACCAAUGGCUGCCAUAGGUGAAAAUAUUACCCAAGUCGAAGAAAAAGAGGAUAGUCAUCCGUGUAACUUGGAAGAUCUGGCUUGUAUUAACAGUCACAAACUUUCACUAUUUUCCAUGAGCAACAUUAUCGAAGAGUCCAGAGAUAAUACCUUUACUACUGUGGACUGUGGAUGCUUUCCCCUAUGCGAUCACACCCAGUACCACACCUCUACUUACACAGAAAAACUGAGCACCUACACCAGUCACUCGUCGGAAAUCGAAAUAGAUGUUUAUUUCCAGGAGGAGACCCUUUUCUCGUACCGUUCCAUGCUGCGAUUCACCCUCAUUGAUUUGAUGGUGUCCUAUGGCGGAAUAGCAGGUCUGAUUAUGGGUGUUUCUGUUCUGGGCGUUUUCAAUAGCAUUCUGGAUCGCUUCGCUUGCUGUCGAUUGUCCCAACCUAACUGAAAUGGAACUGCUCUCCAAUCUCUCGAUCUUCCAUCGUAACCAGCCAGCCAGCAUCUGGUUUCUCACGUUUCCUUACCUGUAAUCACAAACAAAAUUAAAAAAUACAACACACUCUUCUCACACAAAUAAAUCCAGAACAAAAACGCA